AUGGCGUAUCCGAUCGCUUUCCCUGCCACAACCUAUCGGCCUCUUCCGCCAGGAACAUCGCUGCUGUCAUCCCAACAACCUCCUCCUCCUGUCGCUGCUGUCAUGACUACCGAGUCCUUUGAUGCUCCGGAAGGGAUGUAUGUUUGUACAUCCAGAUUUACCUCUCCACCACAGCCCAUGAUCCAUCUCAAUCCCCUUCCCACCACACAGCUUGGCCUUUCAGCGGUCUACCCGACACCUCGCGUGUCGACAGUCAGCUUACGAUAUCCCCUCAAGAAUACAAAGUUGUCGGAUCCCAACUCAGCAGAUUCAGCAAUCUCCCCCGCGCCUGGCGUCCUUCUCGAGGCUCCACUAGCUUCACAAGGUAUCGAUCCUCCUGCUUCCAGCUUGACAGGAGGAUUACCACCAGGCAGCGCUGGCCCUCCAGCUGGUAUCGCAGGUAUCGGUGGUCCUGCAAUGGGCUUCUCAGGUCUAGGUGAGACGAUGGGCAAGCUCGCUGCCAAACCAACACGUCCAAAGAACAGUCUCAAAAACACCUCGAGCAGCUUUGUCAACCGUAUCAUCACCCAUCCCGACCUCGCCAAGAUUCUGGCCACUCGCACCGACUCGGAGCACUUUACCUUUCUCACCAACGCUCGCUCCUUCUUUUGGCUAGCAGACACCCACGGUCGUACAAAGGAAAGUCUCGCUCGGAUCACUUUCACUGCCUCGCCCUCGGCUCACGACAUCAACCAGUUCACACGAGCACAUGACCGACUCGACAUUGUCAUUGGUUUUGUCACCGGUGAUCUCGUCUGGCUCGAUCCCAUUGCUUCCAAGUACACUCGUAUCAACAAAGGUGGAUGCAUUACCAGCUCAGCAGUCACCCAGGUCAGAUGGCUACCCGGAAGCGAAAACCUCAUUAUGGCAGCACACGCAGAUGGCACCAUCCUCGUCUACGACCGAGAGCGCGAAGACUCGGAAAACUUUUCACCCGCCAGCUGGUAUGCUUUUGUUGGUAGCACCGCAUCCUCCUCGAGCGCCGCACUCCAAAUCGCUGUUGGCGGUGCGCCGGGUACGCCUUCGUCUGCUGCCAUGUCGGCAAGUAUAACAUCCGCUUCCAAUGCAUCUACUUGCUCCAAUGCAGCUGCAGCUGCGCGUCUUGCCGCAACUACCAGCGAUUCUCGACCCAUGCUUGGUCAUCGCACUCUCACCAGCUCCACCACCACUACCACUAACCAUCCUGAUGCUCGAGACACCAACCUCUCCACAAGCUCAGGCAGUGCCACGCACCUUCCCAAAGCAGCCAACAUCAACGCUGCACCUGGCACCCUCUCUCAGCGUCGCCAAACCGCAGAUUCUACCUCCCAUGGCCAGCCGCUUCUGCUCGUCACCAAACCCGGCUCCGUGCCCAUCGCAUCCGGCUUACCCUUUGGAGCUUCUCUCCAGUCGCCCGAAUACCAGCAAGCAGCCGCUGCCGCCGUGAAUGCCAACUCAAACGGCAACGGUCUUUCAGGCAAAGGCAAGGAAACUUCUUGGUCCCGUCUCAAUCCUGUCUCUCAUUGGGCUGUCACCAAAACACGAAUCACCGACUUUGCCUUCUCACCCGACUACUCUCACGUGGCUAUCGUCGCAGAGGAUGGCAUCUUGCGCAUCGCUGAUCUCAACUCCGAGCGUCUGCUGGACACCUUUGAGUCCUACUUUGGCGGCUUCAACUGUGUCGUCUGGUCGCCGGAUGGCAAAUUCCUGCUCACAGGCGGUGAGGAUGACUUGGUCACCGUAUGGGCACCACGAGAAGGCAGGAUUGUCGCUCGUUGUCAAGGGCACACCUCUUUUGUGACCGCAUUGGCCUGGGAUCCUUGGAGAUGGUCGAGGGACGACAGAACCUAUCGUUUCGCAUCGGUGGGAGAGGACUGCAAGAUGAUUCUGUGGGACUUUUCGAGUGCUGCGCUCAACAGACCAAAGACACAUGUUCCACACAGCAUGGCUGGUGGGCCCAGAAGAAGCUCGGUUGGGCUGGGAUCGAUCUACUCGCUAGUUGACAAGAAUGGCACCUCUUCAGUGAUACGUUCGCCCGCUUCGGUGACCAACGGUCGACGAAUCAGUAUGAGCAACGGCAUUGGUCUGGGAUAUGACCGGACCAGCGUGACAGAUGACACAAUUCGUCAUCCCGCUUUUCCGCGAUCAGAGGUAGCUAUCUUGCAACCUGUCGUUACGGUAGAAGUAGACGGUGAGAUUCCGGUUGGACUGCGAUUUGGACCGGACAAAGUGGCGGUAGUCCGGAAGAAUGCUGCGAUAGACACGUUCACUCGACCCCUGCCUAAACGACCUACCAGCGUGAUUGCUUCGCCGAGUGGCGCAGGAGCCGAUAGAACAAGCCGGCCUGCAGGAGCGAGGAUUGGUCGUCAGCCAAUACUAGGUAAGACAACGAGGGGUGAGCCUCCUCCACUCAACAUUCCAGCGGGGGUUCAUUCUCAACAGCCGACAGCUACAACGCCGGCUACGCCGAGACAUGCUGUACACAAUGAUGGUACUGGCAUCACAGCUUAG